AUGCACGCAGCUGUACACCCCUUUCUCCACCGCACACCCCUUUCUCCACCGCACACUCCCCACUCCGUUCGCACUGACGCACCUCCCCCAUGUCUCGCCCCACUCCAGCAUGCCUGCAUCUGUGGCCUCCCCCCCCCCCCGCACUCCACCCUCAUCUCUCCCUCCCCCUCGCCUUCUCACUGGUGCAGUGCGCCCGUGUCUCGACCCAGCGUGCCGGCAUCUGUGGCCACCCGCCUGCCAUCUGCUGCUGAGCUGGCAGCACAUGCCACGAGCCACUGGGAGGCAGUCCUCAUGCAUCUCAUAUCGCCGCCUUCCAUAGCUGGGGGCCAUGGCGCUGCUGUCAUCACACGUGUGCUCAUCCGAGCCGGCCUGCUCACCCACUCGGGUUCUUCUCUCUCAGUUGUAUCAACCUCCGCCUUCCCCUUCCUUCUCAAGGACCGGAACGAGCAGCUGUGGGCGAUAGUGUCAAGCUACAUCGAGUCGGCCCAGGACAGGGGGCAUGACAGUGGGGAUGUGAUCGCAUUCCUCCUAGAGCUGGGAUUCCACAACAUUGGCACGCCAUACAGCAUGUCAACGCUAACCAGCAUGCAGCACGAGGUGGUGGACGAGAUCGCCCAGCUGGGCUUCGUGCUCACACAGAAGGGGAGGCACGACCAGUGGUUCAUCCCAACGCACCUUGCAGCUGCGCUCUCCUCCAGCCUAUCAGAAUCCGCCACGUCAGAUUCAGAGGGCUUUAUAGUGGUGGAGACCAACUUCAGAGUGUAUGCAUACACGCAGUCCAAGCUGCAGGCGGAAAUCCUCUCCCUCUUCAUGAGGCUGGAGUAUCGGUUGCCCAACCUGGUGGUGGGAGUGAUGAACCGAGAGACUGUCAACAACGCCCUUGCCCUCGGCAUCGUUGCAGAACAGAUAGUGCAGUACGUGCGGAAGAAUGCUCAUCCUCUCGUGGCCACCAAGGCCCCAGUGGUGCCCGAGACAGUGGUGGACCAGAUCCGCCUGUGGGAGUUUGAUCGCAAUCGAGUGGCCACUACUGCUGCUGUGCUCUACGACGACUUCCCCACCCAGGAAGUGUUUGAGGCUAUCGUUAAGCAUGCGCAACAGAUUGGAGCAUUGCUGUGGAAAGACAGCAAGAAGAGAAAGUUUGUUGUUCGUGCAGAUGCACAUGAUAGCUUUGCGCGAGUCAUCAUGGCAUCGGCCAAGCCUAACCCGCUCCUCACGCCGUUCACUUUACCGGAUGGCACGGAGCUCUCAAUGCGCAUCGUCUACGCGCCGUUGACGCGUGACCGCGCCCUCGGGACCAUCCCACAGCCGAACGCCGCGAUCUACUACUCGCAGCGCGCGCACAAGGGCGGGCUCAUGCUCACCGAAGGCACGUGUAUCUCGCCCGAGGCGCACGGGUACCCCGACACCCCGGGGAUCUACACGGAGGCGCAGAUCGCGGCGUGGAAGCCGGUGAUCAAGGCCGUGCACGACAAGGGCGCGCGCUUCUACUGCCAGCUGUGGCACGUCGGCCGCGCGUCGCACCAAGAGUACCAGCCUGAUGGCGCCGCGCCCAUGGCCCCGUCCGCCAUUCCUAUCAGUAGCGGCGAGAUCAAAGUGUACAUCAGCACUGGCCCCGCCGACUAUCCCACACCGCGGGCCAUGACCGCUGAAGAGAUUAAGAAGGUGGUGGAGCAGUUCCGCGUGGCGGCGCGCAACGCGAUUGACGCGGGGUUCGACGGCGUGGAGGUGCAUGGCGCGAACGGCUACCUGCUGGAGCAGUUCAUCAAGGACGGUAUCAACAAGCGUGAGGACGAGUUUGGCGGCUCCCUGGAGAACAGGCUUCGAUUCCCCCUGCAGGUGAUCAAGGCAGUGGCGGACGAGGUGGGCGCCAGCAAGGUGGGCGUGCGCCUGUCGCCGUACAGCUCCUUCCUGGAUGCUUCCGACUCGGACCCUGUGGGCACGUACCUGGGGCUGGUGGAGGCCGUCAACGGCUUGGGCCUGGCGUAUGUGCACUUCAUUGAGGCGCGCGCGCAGGGGAACGCUGACUUGGAAGAUGUGAAGGAGACUCUGGAGCCAUUCCGCAAGGCGUUCAAGGGGCCCUUCAUUGCUGCAGGCGGCUACAAGCGGGAGAACGGAAUGGAAGCCAUUGAGAGCGGGGCGGCAGAUCUGAUCACGUACGGCCGUCUCUUCCUCGCUAAUCCCGACCUGCCGAAGCGCUUUGAGCUCAACGCGCCGCUCAACCCGUACGACCGCAGCACCUUCUUCAUCCCGGACCAGGUCAAGGGGUACAUCGACUACCCUUUCCUGGAUGAGGAGCCUAAAAAGGCUGAAUAG